AUGGUGACAAUGUGCCGGCGAGGGCUGCCGUUCAAACUCUGCCCUUCUCCAAAUCUUCCCGUCCAUUCUUAUGCAAACUACCCGAGUCGAGUAUCCACCAUCUCUAACCCCCUACUAACUGUUUCCUGUUGUAGUCUGUUUUGCGGCAAAACGUCGGCACCCAACCGCGAAAGAAAACACCUCAUAAAGGUAAUCGUAAGGCAUCGUCGCAGAUCGUGGCUCGAGUUGACAUGGGCCGAAUUCGCCGAUAGAAAGGAGAUGUCUGUCUCGGCUUGUCGUGAUUCCUGGGUAGUUCCAGUUGCGCCCUCAGGCUGUUGA